UCUCCUGCUUUCGACGCGCUCGCCGCUCGCCUCCUUUUCCCGCUGCCCGGAAACUCGCUGGCACCGGCGGCGGCGGCGUUGGCGGCAGUGGCCACGUUGCCCGGGCCGGCUGGCCGAGCGAACAGGCGGGCGGCGGGGCGACGAGGAGAAGGAAGGGCAGCAGCCCCGCCGCGCGCCCUGAGGCGGCGCCCCUCCCCCCCCCCGCCGCCAGGUGAGGAGGCUUCCCUUCAGGAACUUGCUCUUUAUCAUCGCCAGUGGAAAGGAGGAUCAGCUGACGUAAGCUCAUCGGUGGUUUGAAGUCAUGGCCAAUCCUGCAGGAGAAGAACCUGUCUCUAAAUCUGGAGAACUUUGCCAUGAAUGUGGACAAAUUCACUUGUUGCCCGACAACCAUCUUUAUAACUUCCAGGAUGAAGUAGAUGAUGACUUGACUUGUCACAUUUGCCUCCAGCCUUUGCUCCAGCCUAUGGACACCCCUUGUGGACACACGUACUGUUUCAAAUGCCUUGAAAACUUCAUGCAGGAGUACAGCUUCUGCCCCAUGGAUCGGAAGAAACUGUCCUUCCAGAACUGCCGGAAGUCUAGCUUGUUGGUGCGGAAUCUGCUGGAUAAGCUCCUUGUCCUUUGUCCCUUUCAAGAAGACUGUGCACAGACGAUGCAGCGAUGUGAACUCGAAGGUCACUUGCAGAACAGGUGUCCUGGCUUCAAGAAAUACAUGGAGCGUCUGGAAAGGAAGAGGAAUCCUCGGUCCAGGAUGAAGGGAGAUUCUCUUUCUAGGGUGGAAGCAAAGGCUGUAAAAGAUCCUGAAGUAUCAAAUGGAGUGUCCUCUUCAGCGACUGGAGGCUCGGUAGCUGCCGUUGUGUCGCCAGAGACCCCAGAUCCUGGCCUGGUUAACCCAGCCUUUGAUGGGAGUGAAGAAGAUUUACCUCAGAGAGCGAGUCUUGUGGCGGAGACAAACACUGUCGAAAUCCACCGAGAGACCCCCGAGGAAGAGCUUGGCAUGCGUAUAGUUGGUGGCAAAGACACUCCUCUCGGGAACAUCGUUGUGCAGGAGAUAUUUCAGGAUUCUCUGGUGGCUGCCAAUGGGAAACUCGCACCUGGAGACCACAUCCUAGAGGUGAAUGGUGUGAACAUCAGCAGCGUGACCCACUGCCAAGCCAUCUCGCUCUUGCGUCAACCCUGUGAUGAGCUCCAUUUCCUGGUGCUCCAAGAAAAGGGCUUUACCAAUCGGACGGCUCCCCCGGUCGUGAACCAGGAAGUGGUCCAUGUUAUCCUCGUCAAAAGAGACCGAUCCGAACCCCUCGGCAUUAAACUGAUCAGAAAAACAGAUGAACCUGGGAUCUUUAUUCUGGACCUGUUAGACGGAGGGUUGGCAGCCAAGAAUGGGAAGCUGCAUCGGAAUGAUAAAGUCCUGUCUAUAAAUGGUCAGGAUCUACGCCAAGGAACGCCUGAAGCAGCUGCGCAGAUAAUUCAGAGCAGUGAAGCCCGGGUCAGCUUUGUGGUCCUCCGUCAGUCUGGGGUGCAGCAUCCGGAAGCCACUGAGGACAGCAGCAGCGCCUCCAACGCCAGCAGCAGCAGCAGCAGCAGCAACGGGGGAAGCCCUGUGCAGCACAGUCGCCGGAAGCCGGAGCAAAAUCACUUCCGGCGAAGAUCCAACUAUCAGAAGAUACUCCCCCAAGGAUACUUCAGCCAGGAAAAGGUGGUUACCAUAAAAAAGGACCCCAAAGAGUCUUUUGGGAUAACGAUAGGAGGAGGACGAGACGGCAAAGCAAAACUCCCUAUUUAUGUAACCAGCAUCCAGCCAGUUGGAUGUCUCUUGAGGGAUGGGAGAAUUAAGAAAGGAGAUAUUCUUUUGAGUAUCAACAAUAUCGAUUUGACUCAUCUGAAUUAUAACGAAGCUGUCUCUGCACUGAAGUCGAACGCAGCGUUGCAGACAGUGGUGCUGAAAGCGCUGGAGGUUGUAAUCCCAGAGAAGGCAUUGGAAGGGGCUGAGAGCCUGGACAGCAGGGAAAACGGGCACAGCUGGGCAAGCUGGUCUCCUCUCUGGAUCACCUGGCUCGGAUUGCCAAGCCAGCUUCACUGCUGUCAAGAUAUCGUCUUGCGCAAAAGCAACUCGGAGAGCUGGGGAUUCAGCAUAGUGGGUGGAUUCGAAGAAAGCAAAGGAAACCAGCCGUUCUUCAUUAAAACCAUUGUGCCUGAGACUCCUGCCUUCUGGGACCGGCGGCUGAAGUGCGGAGAUGAAAUUGUGGCUGUCAACGGAGUGUCUGCUGUUGGAAUGAGCAACAGUCAGCUCAUUCCGAUGCUGAAAGAACAACGGAAUAAAGUGACUCUGACGGUGGUCUCAUGGCCUGGCAGCCACGUCUAAGGUGCCAACUGUAAUAGGAUGCUUAAUUCAAACUGCCUUUGGGGGAACCUUUCCUUGGAGUGAAUCAACCAACCAGUGGCUGAGCAGGUCUCAGACAGGCUUCCUCCAAGGUGCAGGUUUUUCUACAGAAAAGGCAAAUGUAGCUUGUUGUUGAGUUUGAUUUUAGAUCCAUCUACUCGGUAAGCUAAAAACUGUCCUCUGAUAAGCGGCUCUGGAGGCAUCUUGUGCUGUGGUUAUUUUUUGUUGAACAGGGAAACUCUGAGCCACAGCCUGGUUCUCCUGAAUUCUUCUCUUAAACCUGCCGAACUAAAGUUCAGCAGGCUGAAACUCAACUGAUUGAUGGCCUUUCAUACGAUAAUCUCGGCUCUUCGUGAACUGAAGUAGCACCCUUCAAGAUACUAAUCAUUGCAACGGGUGAAUCAUUUAGCUCGGUCUCACUGUAGUUACUGGUGCCUUGCAAAGUAGGCGGCCUGGGAAGGCUCAGCCAUUGUUGAGGUGCAUUUAUGCCUCUUGCUCAAUCUGGUUGUUCAGCCUUGAGCCAGUCUCGAGACUUAUGUAAGGCUUCACAGCCUUCUUUGAUUUCAGGAGUUGCUUUCAAGGAGGUUUGGAAGCCCAACGGAAGGAUGUUCCUAUUCAGCCGAGCCCCCUUUCUGGGUUCCUCUCCUGUCACUUAUUUCCCAUGUGAGAGGGGGAUAUAAAUGAGCUCCGGAAGAGCGUAUCACUACUGAUGAAAGGCAGACUUUGGCCAUUUGAUAUACACUUAAAUAGAGGCUUAUUGUGUCUCUGCAGACAGUGGGGUUUUUUCAAGCAGGGCCAGCUGCCCUGUCCCUCCCAUGGGGUCUUGAAGGAGGAUUCUCUUCCAGCUCAUUCCCAUCCGACAAUCUCAUUAGGACCACAAUCCUGGUUGAGUUAGCUUCUUAUCACAGUAGCUCAUUAAGACGUCCAAAGAAAAUACUUAGGAGGAAAUAAAGCCAUCUACCCCUGCUUGUCCUUUCAAGGGCAUUCUCCCUCCCCAUGCAUAAAUUUGCAACCUCCAGCUGUCUUCUUUAUCUGCGGUUUAUGGGGGGGGGGGAGAGAAGAGAUGAACAGGUGUUCAGCGUACCAUCCUUACUUGCUUGGAAACAAGCCAUCAAAAGCCACCUCCCUGUGUUGUUUUCCUUCAAUCUGAUCCCUGCGCUGUUUGUUUUUAGAUGGGUCAUAUUCCUAAACUAAUUGAGCAUCUUUGUGAUUGCCUAACAAUCUUAGCAAGAUUGCUUUACAAGAAUGUCCUUUUGUUCAGGCCAGAAACUUUGUCCUGUGAACAGAUGCACAGCAAAUUAAAAAAAGGAAUAAGCAGCCCGCCCUAUGGAAAGAUAGCCAAACCUGUGCCUAAGGAAGGCCUUUGCUAUGUUUUCUUGCACAUGUGUGUAUGCACACAUAUGCUGGCACUUGAAGAUAAGACAUUUUCUUUUUGUAAAAGCAAUCUUUUUUCCUUAAAUAGCCUUAAUAAUUAUUUUCUUAAGCAUAGGAUACACUACAUUUAUUUCACUGGGUUGAAAACCUGCUUUCUGUUGUCCGUGCUCUACAAAGUUCCACGAUUUACGAAGGGAUUCCACUAGCCCGUUUGCAAAUAUUGUGUGGUUGUGGAAUAAGUUAGAGAAUUUAUUAGUUUGUCGUAAUUAGGAAAUUAAUAGGGCCUGCUACCUCCAAUUAAAAGGGAUUUCCUAGACCUUGAUUUGCACAGCAAUUUUAGGUUACUGAAACACGGCAACCUUCUACUACGAGGCUCUCCAACCUUGGCCACUUUAAGGCUUGUGGACUUCAACUCCCAGAAUUCCCCAGCCAGCAUGGAUAGCUGAGGAAUUCUGGAAGUUGAAGUUCACAAGUCUAAAAGCUGCCAAGGUUGGAGACCCUGCUGUACAAUGUGCUUCUCUCAUCUGCUCACAAGAUGGGUGGGUGGGAGGUACAUACAUCUCAGGAAACAACUUGCAAGGGGCUUCUGCUUCCCUCCGGACCUUCGCUUCCUGGAGGUUCCGGUGUGCCUCUCAGUUGGAGCCUUAUUUCAACUGAACAGCAAGUCAGGCUGACGAAAACACAGGACUUGGCAUUCACAGAGGCUGUGUGAAAUAGCUAAUAAACAAAAAAGGACUUAUGAUUUAUGUUUAAAUCUGAUUCAUGCUUGGAUUCUGUUGCCUCAUUUGAAUCUGGCAAGUAGGUACUAGUGCUCCAUUUAAGAAUGUUGAUUCACUUAAAAAUGUAUUUGUCAAAGUAUAUUUCUGAAAGUCAGUGUCUGCCUUCAGAUGUGCUUUGAAAGGAUAUUGGUCUGCCUAAUUGACUGACUUCUGUCUUUGAGUUUGAGUCCCGUGUGACCACUGUAAUGUGUGACUCUUGAAAUAGCUAUAAAAAGGAUUUUUUUCUCUCUCAAAUGAAGGGGACGUGCGUUUUCAUUUCAUUGUAUUCUCUGAUUUCAAUGUGCCUUCAACAAUCAGCAGGAAAUCUAGUAGCUACUGUAUUAUUUUGCACCAAAGAAUUUGUUGAAACUUGUAGAGACAUUUGUCAUUGCUCUGAUACAUUUAUAAAUUAUUAUUCUGAAGUUA